AUGCAUAUCGAACCACCCACUUUCUCAUUUCAGUCAUCAUCAUCGUCACCCAUAGUCAGAGCUGUUCGGAGUGUUCGAUUUGUAUCGUCUCUCUAUAGGAUCAGUAGGAUUCCUACCUUAUCCUCUAGACUUUCCGUCUCUAAUCCACUAUACCCUCGUUGUUCUUUGAUCGAUUCUCCAUCCAUUUGCAUCUCCUCUGCCUCUCGAUCUUGGACUCGCGAUCUUCACUUGCGAUCUAGAGCUCAGAUCAGAAAUUCCGCGAUCCAACGGAAUAUUUCGACCAUGGCUGCAGAGAAUCCUUUUGCGAGCAUCUUCACCAGCUUACCCAAGCCUGAAGGUGGAGAAUUUGGAAAAUAUUAUAGCUUACCUGCACUUAAUGAUCCAAGGAUUGAUAGUCUUCCAUUCUCAAUCAGGAUCCUGUUGGAAUCAGCCAUUCGGAACUGUGACAAUUUCCAAGUGACACAGAAAGAUGUUGAAAAGAUUAUUGAUUGGGAGAACACAUCUCCAAAGCAAGUUGAAAUUCCUUUCAAACCUGCUCGUGUUCUUCUACAGGAUUUCACUGGAGUUCCGGCUGUGGUCGAUCUUGCAAGUAUGCGGGAUGCUAUGAACAGCCUUGGCAGUGAUCCGAACAAAAUCAACCCUUUGGUUCCAGUUGAUCUGGUCAUUGAUCAUUCAGUUCAGGUUGAUGUUGCUAGAAGUGAGAAUGCAGUUCAGGCAAAUAUGGAGUUGGAAUUUCACAGAAACAAAGAAAGGUUUGGUUUUCUGAGAUGGGGUUCAACAGCAUUUAGAAACAUGCUGGUGGUUCCUCCUGGUUCUGGUAUUGUCCAUCAGGUUAACCUUGAAUACCUUGGUCGUGUUGUUUUCAACACAGAUGGAGUUCUUUACCCAGAUAGUGUGGUAGGGACAGAUUCUCACACAACCAUGAUUGACGGUUUAGGAGUUGCUGGUUGGGGUGUUGGAGGAAUAGAAGCUGAAGCUGUGAUGCUCGGCCAGCCAAUGAGCAUGGUAUUGCCUGGUGUUGUUGGGUUCCAAUUAUCUGGGAAAUUGCGUAGUGGUGUCACAGCAACUGAUUUAGUCCUGACAGUUACACAAAUUCUAAGGAAACAUGGUGUUGUUGGCAAGUUUGUUGAGUUUUAUGGUGAGGGUAUGGGCGAAUUAUCGUUAGCUGAUAGGGCAACUAUUGCAAACAUGUCACCUGAGUAUGGAGCAACUAUGGGUUUCUUCCCUGUGGAUCAUGUAACAUUACAAUAUCUCAAGUUAACUGGAAGAAGUGAUGAAACUGUGGCAAGGAUUGAAGCUUAUUUGCGUGCAAACAAAAUGUUUGUUGAUUACAAUGAGCCUCAACAAAAAAGAGUGUACUCGUCAUAUUUGGAGCUUAAUCUAGCAGAGGUUGAGCCAUGUAUGUCUGGACCUAAGAGACCCCAUGACCGAGUUCCCUUGAAAGACAUGAAAGCUGACUGGCAUUCAUGCGUUGCGAGUAAAGUUGGUUUCAAGGGAUUUGGUGUUCCAAUUGAAGAACGACCUAAGGUUGCAAAUUUCUCAUUCCAUGGGCAGCCUGCUGAGCUUAAGCAUGGUAGCGUGGUAAUAGCUGCCAUUACAAGUUGCACAAACACUUCGAAUCCUAGUGUCAUGCUUGGUGCUGCCCUUGUUGCAAAGAAAGCCUGUGAUCUAGGCUUGGAGGUUAAGCCAUGGACAAAGACAAGUCUUGCUCCAGGUUCUGGUGUUGUUACUAAAUACCUGCUUCAGAGUGGACUACAAAAGUACUUGAAUCAACUGGGCUUUAAUAUUGUUGGCUAUGGCUGCACAACUUGCAUUGGCAAUUCAGGAGAUCUUGAUGAAUCAGUGUCAUCUGCUAUUACAGACAAUGAUAUUAUUGCUGCCGCCGUGCUUUCUGGAAACAGAAAUUUCGAAGGCCGUGUUCAUCCCCUAACAAGGGCCAACUAUCUUGCUUCCCCUCCAUUAGUUGUGGCUUAUGCACUAGCUGGAACGGUAGAUAUUGAUUUUGAGAAGGAGCCCAUCGGAACAGGAAAAGAUGGUAACAGUGUAUACUUCAGAGACAUCUGGCCUAGCACUGAAGAAAUUGCCGAGGUUGUUCAAUCAAGUGUGCUACCUGAUAUGUUCAAGAGUACCUAUGAAGCAAUCACCAAUGGUAACGCUAUGUGGAAUUCACUCUCGGUCCCUUCUUCGAGUCUGUAUGAAUGGGAUUCAAAAUCGACUUACAUUCACGAUCCUCCGUAUUUCAAGGGCAUGACUGUCGACCCACCUGGUCCGAAUGGAGUCAAAGAUGCUUACUGCUUGCUUAACUUUGGUGACAGCAUCACAACCGAUCAUAUUUCUCCAGCAGGAAGUAUUCAUAAGGAUAGCCCUGCUGCUAAGUACCUUCUUGAACGUGGGGUUGAUCGCAAAGACUUCAAUUCCUAUGGAAGCCGAAGAGGAAAUGACGAAGUUAUGGCUAGGGGUACCUUUGCUAACAUUCGCAUUGUUAAUAAGUUAUUGAACGGAGAAGUUGGUCCUAAGACAGUCCACAUUCCAACUGGAGAGAAGCUUUAUGUUUAUGAUGCAGCAAUGAGGUACAAGGCUGCUGGACAAGGCACUGUUGUGUUGGCUGGAGCAGAAUAUGGAAGUGGAAGCUCAAGAGAUUGGGCUGCCAAAGGUCCAAUGUUGUUGGGAGUGAAAGCGGUGAUUGCAAAGAGUUUUGAGAGAAUUCAUCGCAGUAAUCUGGUUGGAAUGGGUGUUAUUCCUCUUUGUUUCAAAUCUGGUGAGGAUGCAGAUACAUUGGGCUUAACUGGUCAUGAGCGUUAUAGCAUAGAGCUUCCAAGUAAAGCCAGUGAAAUUAGGCCUGGCCAGGAUGUUACUGUCACUACUGACAAUGGAAAAUCAUUCACAUGCAUCCUUCGCUUUGAUACCGAGGUGGAAUUGGUGUACUUUGAUCAUGGAGGCAUCCUUCCAUAUGUCAUAAGGAAUCUCAGCAAGCAGUAAAAGUAUCUUUUUCAUCAUCUUUUUCUUUUAACUUCCAGUUCAAUGUCUUUAACAUCUGAUUUUGAUUGACAAGAGAUGAUGAAAAGAUGAACCAACCCCAACUUCCCUUUUAAAAAGAACUGAAAAGAACAGAGCUCUGAACUUUCCUGUUUAAUUUUUCUUUUUUUACUUGUUGCUUGUUGUUUGAUGGGGAAAUAAUUUACCAUGUUCUAUAUGCUUCAAAGUGUUCGGUCUUGUUUUUAUUUGA